AUGUGGCGUUCUUCUAUUGCCAAGAAAGAUGUCAGCGCUCUCGAUCCUCCUACCAGCCACGACGCCGAAAAGCAGGUCGGAACAGCAUUCGUCAUAUCUGGUUCUGCAGUUCCCGUCAGCACGGAUUCACAACAUGCGGCUGAAUACCAAGAAUUUCUCAGGCUGAAAAUGGAAUUCGAGUCUGACCGAAAGAGGCACCGCAAGCUGCUUCUUCGACUGGACUUUCGAAUCCUGCCUUUCCUAUUCCUCUACUACCUGCUAAAUUCGCUGGACAAAGCAAACGCGGGAAAUGUAAAGAUAUAUACGUUCCUACAAGAUACGAAUAUGACUUCACACCAAUUCAAUCUCGCCCUGACUUGGUUCUUUUUCACAUACGCUUUUCUAGAGACACCGUCCAACAUUUGCAUGCGCAAGUUCGGGCCAAAACUUUGGCUGUCGAUGCUUGUGACCUGCUGGGGAGCUGUUACUUUAGGCAGUGCCUGGGUAAAGAGCUAUGGCGACUACUGUGCUGCACGCGUCUUGCUUGGAGCCUUUGAAGCGGGUCUUUUCCAGGGUUGUUUCUACACUUUGUCUUGCUGGUACCUCCCCGACGAGCUGCAGACACGGUGUGCUUGGUGGUACAGUGCCACGAUGUUAUCGGGGGCGUUCGGAGGACUCCUCGCUUACGCUGUCGGUGGCUUGCAAGGCCGACUCGGUCUGCAACAAUGGCAGUAUCUAUUCAUCAUAGAAGGCGCCUUGACGAUGUUCUCUGGUCUUCUUGGCCUUUGGUUGUCGGCUGACUUUCCCGAAACCUGGACCUCAAGCUGGUUCACCCCAGAUGAGAUGCGUUACCUCCAACUACGAGUCAAGUAUAAGGACGGCCCGAUUGCUCCCGGAGAGACGUUCCGGCCGUGGAGUGCUUUCCUCGAGGCUGUCAAGGACUGGAAGACCUACUUCAUUGCGUCUCUUCUUGCUUUCGGUGGUUCAGUCCCGACCUACUCGGUUAACUACACCCUAGCUACUAUGGUAAAAGGUCUGGGAUAUUCUUCGAUCAAAGCACAGGCUCUCACUGCACCGCCGUAUGUCUUUGCCUUCUUCUGUGUCAUUCUGAUUGCACGAUAUUCGGACAAAUACCAAUGCCGAGCACGAUCAUUACUUAUCAGCUAUACCGUGGGAACAAUUGGUAUUAUAAUCUUGUGGCCAUCGUUGUAUCACACGAGACUUUCCGGCCUUGCUUACUUUGCGCUCUUCUUGGUCGUGGCCGGCUACAAUAUGCAGGCUCCUGCUGUGGGCUCCUGGCUCGGCACGAACGUUCGUAACCCAGCAAAGCGAGCCGCGGCAAUGGGCUGGCAAUCUACUUGGGGCCAAUUGUUCGGCGGCUGCAUUGGCGCAAACAUAUUCUUCGACUCGGAAGCUCCCACUUAUAAUACUGGUUUUGCAAUCCUCCUGGUCUUGGUCUUGGUUGGUGGAUUUGGUGCGUGUAUUGGCAACUGGUACUGUUUGCGAGCAUCCAAUCAUAAAAAGGACCAAAUUCCCUUGGAGUCGUUGGAAGGCAAAUAUUCCGAGAAAGAAUUGUCUGAAAUGGGGGAGUACUCACCAUUCUUUAGGUAUAUUUUGUAG